UGGCCGAGCUUGGUGAUAAUGUUGAUAAGGAAUUAUGUAUUUUUUAAUAUUAGACUUUAUUCGAAAGCAAUAAGACUUAUUUUGAAUCUUUUGUCAACCGGAUGUAAAAAUCAACAAAUAUAAAAUUCAAGGCUAGCCUAGCUCAUCACCAAUUAAUUUAUUUCAUUUUAUUAAAAUUGAAAGCCUUACUAAGAUUAUAUUGGAAAAUGGAAGAAUUUAUUGAGCAUUUCGUUAGCAGGAUUGAGAACAGUAAUUUUUAUAAGUUUUUCAGAUCAAUAGAUGCUCAAGUAUCUAGAAAUGUAAAAGCAGCAGAAAUUGAAACAAGACAGUCAAAAAGCAAUGGCCUAUGGUGCUGCUGCCUUCUACCUAUGAUAUUACUGAUUUACACAGUGCAGUAUAAUGUUUCACCGCUGUACAAACUGGUGGCAUUUGCUUCGAUCAGUCUGCUCUUCUAUUGCUUGCUGUUUACAGUUUUUUUGUCAAUAUCAAGUUUGAUUCUUCAAGAGCCAAUAUAUGGAGGCUGUGUAUCAACUAGUCUAGUAUCAGUUUUACUGAUGUACACAUUUCUCGGUCAUGAUCUUACAUUUUCUACAAUAUUCUCCGUACCAACUGUGUUCCUGUACAGCUGGCUUUUACGGACGUUUCUGAACUCCUUCCAAAAUACGUUUACGAUUGGGGAAGCGAUGGUCAUGGCACAAGCUAUCAUGCUGUUUGCAGUUAUGGCAGUAGCCAAACUCACAUGUGAGCUGGAUGAGACUGAUGAGGAAAUGGACUUUGUUUAUACCAUUAUUUAUACAGUGUUAUCAACCGUGGGAUUGAUUGUUACAGCACUGUUUUUGCUCAAAGACGAAAGAAGAAACAUGAAAUCUUUGACGUACAUAUUUGGUUUAGGGGCAGCGUUUGGCCUGCUCAUGUUAAUAUCGCUCCUAGGAGUCUCAUGCAUCACAGAUAUACUCCAUUAUAUUUUUGUAGAAAAUGAUAGGUACCAAAUCUUCUCCUUCUGGCUGGUUCUGGUGGUGAUAGCAGUGGCAGUUCUCACCAUGCGCACACAACUAGCCGUGAAAGCGAGCACGGUGACUCGCAAGUCGUUCCACGUUCUGGCGUCAGUCGUGUUCUUAUCAGGGAUAUUGGUGGACGUGAACCUGAUGGUGCUAGCUUCGGGAAUCGGGUUCGGACUGCUGGUAUUGGUUGAAGCACUAAGAAAAAGUAACAUUGAGCCAAUAUCAUCAGCUCUUCAAUCAGCUUUCCUUGUCUACAGUGAUGAAAAGGACAGCGGGUGCUUCGCAAUGACCCCAAUAUAUCUGUACCUGGGGCUAGCGUGUCCUCUAGCGCUCGUGCCUCACUACAAGAACUCAGAACUGGAGCUAUUGAGCGGAGUGCUGGCUAUCGGAGUAGGAGACACUGCUGCGAGCUGGUUCGGAUCCAAGUACGGCUUCAAUAAGUGGUCGGGUGGAAAUAGAACUUAUGAGGGAACAGUGUUCAACAUUCUAUCACAAAUCGCUACUGUGUAUGUGCUCAUCAUAUUUGAGUUGCUGAAUACGAAAAAUGCUCUAAUACGAACUAGUAUUGCAGCGAGUAUCACAGGACUGGUGGAAGCCAAGACCAACCAAGUGGACAAUUUAGUUUUACCUCUAGUCAUGAUGAUUGCUUUUCAAUCAACUUCAUUCCUCCGCUAAAGUUAUCUGAACAUCGUUAAUUCGUAUUUCAUACGAGAAUUAAAUUACAUUUUGACAUAUCUUAGAAAAUGAGAGGAUAAAUGGCAUUUUGCUGACUUUCUAUUCAGAAAAGGAGUUGUUAGGAGUAUUUGUUACUUCAAUAUGUUUAGGAAACUAAAGUAUGUUUG